UGUUUUAAUAUUUUUCACCUUAUGUGCAUAAAUGCAUGGCUAAUUGUGUCCGGUUGGUGACGUCCGGUAAACGGAGCUGACAACCAAGAUCACUUGGCAGAGAACAAUUUAUUUGGCUGUGCAGAUGAGGUGUAUUUAUAGGAAGCCUUGAGUGGAGGAUCUCUUACUCGUGAAGACAGGGGGCUUCGCAGCGGAUCGCUGGACUGGGGACAUUUACUCAAAAUAUUCAUAUAUGUGGUAGCGUGAGGAAAAAACAUGGACGUGCUGGGAGUUCUUAAUUUGGGCGAAAUUGCCCAAUAUUUUUCAAAAAUGGCUAUGUUUCCAGUUUUUGAUCUUGCCUAUUACAUCGUGUCCAUACUCUACCUCAAGUAUGAACCAGGGUCAGUGGAGGUGUCCCGCCGGAGCCCUGUGGCCUCCUGGCUCUGCGCCAUGCUCUAUUGCUUUGGGAGCUACAUCCUAGCAGACAUCAUGCUUGGAGAUUCUCCCAUUGACUAUUUCCACAACAACAGUCACAUCCUCCUGGCCACCGCAGUCUGGUACCUCAUCUUUUUCUGCCCUCUCAACUUGUUCUACAAAUGCGUGGCCUUCCUGCCUGUUAAGCUGGUGCUGGUGGCUAUGAAGGAAGUGGUCCGCACUCGGAAAAUUGCUGCAGGGGUGCACCAUGCCCAUCACGCCUACCACCAUGGCUGGUUCAUUAUGGUCAUCACUGGCUAUGUCAAAGGCUCUGGAGUGGCUCUGAUGUCCAAUUUCGAGCAACUGCUGCGUGGAGUGUGGAGACCCGAGAGCAACGAGAUUCUGAACAUGUCAUUCCCAACCAAAGCUAGCCUGUAUGGAGCCAUUCUGUUCACCCUCCAAGAAGCACACUGGCUCCCCAUGUCAAAGAGCACCCUCAUUUGCCUCUUUACUCUGUUCAUGGCAACUUCCAAGGUAGUCAUGACCGCCCGCCACUCUCAUGGCUCUCCCUUCGCCCUUGUGGAAUCUUGGGUGUGCCACUUGCUGUUUGGCUCCCCCCUCGGCUCUGAGGACUCCCAUGACCAUCAUCAUUCUGCCCCUGCCGCUGCCCCUGCCUCUCCUGCCAAAACCAAGGAGGAGCUGAACGAGGGCACCCGCAAGAGGAAGGCCAAGAAAGCAGAGUAGACAGCAGGCCACGCUGAUGGAUAUACAAGCCUCACCACCACCACAGACAACAUCAACAGCAACAGCAAAUGGCACCCAUUCACCCUCCUAGAUCCAGCGAUCCGGACUGAACAUGUUGCAUUUUGCAAGUGCAACUGGACUUUCCCAUUCCUUGAUGGGGAGAGGGGGCAUUUUGGUGUUUACUAUGUGAAGCCCUUACUGUUUGAGCAAAUGGUGCUUUUUCCAUUAUUGCUAUACAAUAUAAAAAUACUGUAAAUAGCUCACCAGCAUUUCACUGUUCAGACAUAAUGACUAUAACCCAUCUAUAUCUAUUUAUUUAUUUAUGUAUUUAUUUUCCAUAUGGAUUGCAGAGUUCAACAUCAUGUGGUGGUUUCUGUAAAUUACACUUAGUUUGCUCAGCUUCACUGUUUUUAAACAAUCCGGCCAAUUGCGAUGAAGUCUUGUGUUAGACUCAGCACAGCAGUUCAAACUUAAUAUAAUUAACUGGAGUCCAGUUUGGAGCCCGAGAAAAACCAAGGUUGUAAAUGAACAUAUGAGGGAAAUGUGAGACCACGCAGUCUUCAAUCAUUCAAUUGUAAGUGGCCACUUUUUAGAUAAGAUGAAAGAGUCAAAUGCCCCCCAAAAAUGCCAAUAAAAUCCAUUCCCUGGAAAGGUUGACAGAAUGUUUCAAUCCUUUUGUCAUUGCAAUUUUUAUUUCCUGAAAGUCAUGCAGUUGCAGCAUAGUAUAUACAACAGCAUCAGUACAAAAUAUUGCAAAAUAUGUGGGUGUGAAAUAUAGUUUGUUCUGUUUAUCUGUAUUACAUAGCAGUUCUCAGAGUUGUGUUGCACCGGUAGAUAUACAUGCUUUGGUGUUAGUAAUUGUAUAUUGGCAUGUAUUCAUAUGGCAAUAUGCUGUUAGUAUAUUUCAACUGGCUAUGUCAAAGAAUUAGCCUUGAAUGAAUGAAAACAUGGUGCAGCUGGUAAUGGCAGAAAAUGGUUGCCACAUUACUGGGAUGAAAGAAGCAGCCUAGUCCACAGAAUGCAUGAUUCAUUCCAGGCUGUACAGAUAGGGACAGCAUCAAAUCUGGGCUAAUGCAGAUGGAUUAUGUGUUGUUUUAUGCCACGAUAUCCUGAAUUAAUGGACUUGAUUCAAAGCCCCAUAGUACACACACAGCUGAUAUGGACCUUCAUUGUUUUGCUAACCACUAUCAAAAAGUACACCUAAUCUUGUUUGCAUGGUGGGAAGAAAUGUUUUUUAAAAAUCCAGGUCAGAAGCAGGGAUAUAUUGUAAUGGUGUCAAUAGGGAAAGUGCUCUUUCAUUUAAAGAUUAAGAUUUUGCUAUCUGUUUUAAGUAAUUAAGUUAACCUUUUGUGCCUUUUUCAUGUCAAAGAAGUAUAAAAUCAAAAUAUAUAAAGUGGCCCCUUGCUUUGUGAAUAUUUAUUAGUCUUGAAGCCUUCUCCUCCUGUUAAUGAUGUUUAGUGUACCAGUAGGUUUUAUCUAUAGAAAAAAAACAGCUGAGUAAAAAGCUGAUGAGUCUGUCAACAUAUGUACUUCUUUUUCUGUUAAACUGAGUCAUAUUUGGUAAAGGCACUGCAUGCUACAACUUAAUCUCAUUAUAUAUGAGUAUAUAUAUGUUAUUUGGUUACUGUAAGGGAACCAGCAAUGCAAAUGUCAGACCUAAUGUUGUACCAAUGCAUGUAUCUGCAAUUUUUUUGAUUGAUUUUUGGAGUUCUCCUUAUGGACAUUGUUGCACAUAUUACAUAUAACGAAAUUUGACUGGAAAGAAGCAAUAAUUGAAGUGAAAAUUAAACAAGUGCUGAAGCAAUGGUAGUACUUGUUUUUCAACCAUACCAAAAAAAGACAAAAGCAGUAAAACAAUGUUCACAUAGCUGCUGCCCUUGUCACGUUGUGGGUGGGUAACUUUCUUGGUUGUUUUUAACAUGGCAGAACUCUUUCAAAUGCUGUUUUCACAGUUCACCAACUCUAAAUUAAUAUUACGGGUAUGCUUGGAAUCAAGACUGUAGAGGAUUUUUCUACCAAUGAUUAUUAUCAUUGAUUAUUAAAUGAGAUGAUAUGGUUUGAACUGCUAUACGGUUAUUUAAUGAUGAAGUAACAAACUAAAAUGAGUACUACCAAUUGUUCCUUUAAUUCCAUUGUGCAAUAUCUCUUUGCUUCUGACAAGGAUUUUCACCCUCUUUCAUCCAAGCCUGCUGAUGAUCCACCAUCAUCAUUGGGUGUCUAAAAUCUUCAGUUUUCCUAUUUGAGUCAGGAUGAAAUCAGACCAUGUGUACUGGAAUGUAAAAUAUGAGGAAUGAGAAUAGACUUGAAAAAGGCAGCUGUGAAGCUACAUAAU